AGGAGAUGAUUACUGACUUUGUGUAUAUCAUUGAUUUACUUAACUUCCUAGUACAUAAUUAGAAUAGGAAACAGCCUUGUAUAGAGCUAGUAUUCACGAUCUAAAUUGAUCCCCUUUUUUGUAUAAAUCCCACCCUUCAGCUGAAUAAUAUGCACAUUUUAGAAUCAAAGGCUAUUCUUUCUCAUGGUAUCAAAGCACUAAGGCUCCUCCUGUAAACCAAACCAAACCCUAGUUGUCACACCUUUCACUGCCAGAAUCCAUGGCAAAGGAAGACGAGCAGCUCUCGGAAAAAUCCCAGGCAUCCGGGCUCCAAGCAAGCACGUAUCCCGAUCCAAGCGAUCCCUUCUACCUUCAUCACUCGGACCAGCUAGGUCUGGUUCUUGUGGCGCAAUUGCUGACCCAAGAAAAUUAUCCCAUUUAGAGCCAUGCGAUGCUUAUGGCUCUCACUACCAAAAACAAAGACGGCUUCAUCGAUGGCACCAUCACACGGCCACUCGCAGGUUCAGCGGCAGAAAUCAAACAAUGGACCCGCUGCAACACUCUCGUCAAAGGAUGGAUCCUCAAUUCCAUCUCGCCUAAUAUUGCACAAAGUGUCAUGUACAGUGAAGACGCUCACGAGCUUUGGAAUGAAUUGAAAGAGCGGUUUUCCCACACCAAUAGGGUGCACCUUUUCCACAUCGAGGAGGAAAUCCCUGAUUGUGUACAAGGAGACAUGAGCGUUGGUGAGUACUACACCAAACUGAAAGGUCUAUGGGAUUUGCAUGAUGCGUUGCGUCCUCUUUCGCCUUGUAGCGGUGAUACCGCGAAAGAGCUGCAUCAGUACCAUAAAAAACAAUGCACCAUAAAGUUCCUCAUGGGUCUUAAUGGAGUUUACAUAGCAGCUCGUGGGCAAAUCUUGCUUAUGGAACCGUUACCCACAGUGAACAAGGUGUAUUCUCUCAUCAUUCAAGAUGAGAAACAGCGAGUCGUAUCCUCACAGGCUAUAGGAAAGGCACCAGAAGUUGCUGCUUUUGCUGUCAAGGAUGGGUCGCAUUAUUUGUCCAAGAAUCCACACCUCAGAUGUGACCGUUGUGAUGCCACAGGUCACACUUCUGACAGUUGCCGAGCACACCUCAAAUGUGAUUACUGUGGUUGGAAGGGUCACACCGUCGACAUUUGUCGAAAAUUGAAGAGGGCCACUUCUAAUGGCAACAAGGGCAAUCAUCAGGAUAGGAAGUAUGGAAGCUCAAGCGUUAUCCCCUAGGCUCACCAUAUUGAUUCCAAACAAGGCAAUCCUGAUGUGUCGCCACCAUCCUACAAACUUACAGCCCAACAGUACCACAACGUCCUUGCCCUCCUUGAUCGCAACAAACCUAGCUAUGUGGCCAAUCAAGUGAGUACAAUAUCAACAAUGAGCAAUCUCUCAGGACCAACAUUCGGGGAAGAUGAUUGGGAUGGGAACUGAACGAGAAGGGCUCUACUACUUGGAUGUUGCGAAGAAAGCUGGGUGUUACUCUGUUUCGGCCGCUAAUCCAACUUCCUCUCGCCUUGGUCAUC